CAGAAGCGGCUGUUGAUGCCAGACGACCUUUCGCACCUCAAGGCAAGCAUUUGCAUUGCACUGUGCCAUGAUGAUUGCCUUUUCUUGGCUCUGAUCUUGGUUGGAUUUUUCAGUCUGCACCGGUUAGGUGAACUGGUCUGGCCUGAUGAUCCCUCACUUUAUUCAUCGUGCAAACUCAUUCAUUGCCACUCUGUCAAGGUCACUGCAACAUCCAUCACAUACAUGCUGCCUAUGCACAAAGUGGACUGCUACUUCACCAGUAGUGAGGUCAUCAUUGAACACCGCAUUGACCGCCUCGACCUAGGCGCACCUUUUCUUGCUUACCUUGCACCUUGCAAUGCUCUUUUCUCCUUUGAAUUGGUGCUGUUUCUGCAGCAUGAUGGUCUUGUGCCAACACAAGGCUGGUACCUUUCACGCCUGUGGGCCAUGGUUGGUGACUCAGUGGGUGGCCAUUCUUUGUGUCCAGGUGGGGCAACUUUCUUGGCUUCGCUUAGUUGCCCUGAUGGUCACAUUCAAGCUUCAGAUCGUUGA